CUAUAAAAUGACGUUUGUAUCAAUCUUUUGAUGAUUGCACCGGAAGAGGAAAUCAGAAGUCCAACGUGACAUCGGAAGUAGUUGCGCGCUGCUACACAACAACUCAAAGCGACAAACAGCAUACAAUAUAAUAUAUACGUUAUUCUAAUUUUUGUCAGUCGUGUGUAUUUAAGGUGAAGGUAACGAAUAUUUGGAGUUCUUUCAGGGAUUUAAGAGAAACCGAAACUGGCCCCUCCGCUCCCCGUCACCAUGCCUGCCCUGUUGGAGAGACCGAAACUGUCCAACGCCAUGGCCAGAGCUUUACACAAACACAUCAUGAGGGAGAGAGAGCGCAAGAGACAAGAGGAGGAAGAAGUGGACAAAAUGAUGGAACAGAAGAUGAAAGAGGAAGAAGAGAGGAAAAGGACAAAAGAGAUGGAGGAAAGAAUGUCACUGGAGGAAACAAAAGAGCAGGUACAGAAGAUGGGAGAGAAACUGCAGGGUUUGCAGGAGGAGAAACAUCAGCUCUUCCUGCAACUUAAAAAAGUCCUUCAUGAAGAGGAAAAGCGACGAAGAAAGGAGCAAAGUGAUAUUACAACACUGACUUCAGCCAGUUACCAAUCCAGCAUACCUCUGCACUCAGGACAGCACCUGCUCAGCUUGCAAGGCAGUCCUGUGAGUCACAGUAGGCCUGGAGGUCUGUUGGCAGAACGUGGUAAACAGUUGUUUCAGACACCUGGUAUCCCUGGCCGUCACUUCCCUGGUCAACCUGCUUUCGCUCCAGGAUCUACUGAGCAUGCUCAGUUUGCAGCCAGCCCUGCAGUUCAUGAGGCGUAUGCAGUCACGCAGGCUCAGCACCCUUCCACCUACGGCCCAGCUGCAUCGGUCCCCAUCAGCUUCUCAGGAACGCAGAUCAGGGCCGGUGCUUCAGCUUUCCAGACCAUGCCCUACCUGCCCCAUCAGCCACAGGGUUACGCUGUCCACAGCCACUUUGCUUCCCAGCCAGGAUUCCUCCCCAGUGCCGGUAUACCCCUUCAGAAGCAGCUGGAGCAUGCCAAUCAGCAGUCUGGCUUCACUGACUCGGGUGCCCUGAGGCCAAUGCAUGCACAGGCUCUACAUGUAAGUGCGGCAGGACUGCUGCCUACACCUUCACUGGCUGUUCAAAUUCCUGCCGCAAAGGCCCCAUUUCAGAGCUCUCCUCAGCCAGCUCCCCGUCACACUUUCCUCUCCCACCCACAAGCUGGACAGAGAUUCUAUCACCAUAGCAAGUAACCAAAAGCGGACCACAUAAAAAAAAUCUCAACAUGUGAGAGUAACCAAAAUGACCAUCACACUGGGUUAGAAAGGGUCAGAUAACGUUUAUAAGGUCUGAUUUGGAUGGUCUCAAAAAUAUAAAUACACUUUUCAUAUAGAGAUUUUGUGGGUUCUCUUAAAAAGAUGGGGGGGGGGGGGGGGGGGGGUUCCAUCUAUGAAGCAUUGCUCACUGGAUUUUUCUUUUGUAUAAUGGAUACAUCUGUUGUCAAAAGUGAUUAGACCUCAUAGAUUUAAGACAUUUGUUCAAGUAUGAUAGAACUGUCUAGGUAGCUCUUGUCAGUUUUGUUCAGACUGAAUAAAAAUAUACUUUUAUGUGUGAA